AUGAAACAGUACCAGAUCAACAAGAUAAAGAGAAACAAAGGGAGAUUGAAGCAAUCCAAGUCUUGGGAAGAAGUUCAGGAAGCAUCAACAAGCAAAAGUCCUCCAUUGCAUGUGAGUGAAGGCAGAAAAUCAUGGGCAGAUGAGGUCGAGGAAGUGACUGAGAAGCAGAGGAAGAAGAGCUCGGUAUGGGAUAACUUCGAUAUUGCAAAAAUAUCAAAUGCGGGAUACAAAUUGGAGUAUGUUCAACCAAAAAAGACAGGUGAGAAUCAAAUUGUUGAAAUUGAAGUUGAUGACAUAAGUUCCGAAGUCGAAUACUGGAAGAAUGCUAUAAUUUGCUAUGUACUUGGGGCUCAUCCUCCAUUUACUGUAAUUCAAGGCUAUAUUCAAAGGAUUUGGGGGAAACAUGGAGUAGAUCGAAUAGUGAUGCUAAAAAAUGGUGUAAUAGUAGUAAGAUUCGAUACAGCGAUAGGGAAGCAAGAGGUCAUUGAAGGAGGAAUCUAUCAUUUUGACAAUAAAUUGCUAAUUGUCAAGGGAUGGACACCGGAGCUGGAAUUUACAAAGGAAGAAUUACUAACAGUUCCUAUUUGGAUCAAACUGCCAGACUUAGACUUUAAAUAUUUGAGUCAAAGAGUUUUAAGCAAGAUAGGAAGUCUCAUUAGGAAGCCUCUAAUGGUGGACCAAAACACAGAAAAGAGAAUUGGGUUGAAGUUUGCAAGGUUAUUAGUUGAGGUUGAAAUGAACACCAAGCUACCUGAUAAGAUCAGUUUCAAAAAUGAGAAGGGUAAUAUAGUUGAACAGGAGGUCACUUAUGAUUGGAAGCCAUCCUUAUGUAAGCACUGCUUCAAAUAUGGCCAUGAGGAAGAUGUAUGCAGAAUAAAGAAGAAAAAUCAGAAGAUUGAUACAAUAAACAAGACAAAGGUGGUGGUAAACAUACAAGGAGAAAAACAAGAUCAAGCUCAGAACACAGGACAAGAUAAUAAGGAAACACAGAAAACAGGCAGCAAUGAGGGAAUGAAUAAUGCAGGAAAAGAGGGCAAAAAGAAGAAUCAGCAAUAUGUAAUUAAGAAUCAGUGGAAGCAGAAGGAAAAAGAAGGAGAGCAGGAAUGGCAAACACCUCACAAGUAUGGCAAAAUUGUGGAGGUGCAGCAGGAACAAAUGGAGGAAUCAAAUUCUUUUCAAAUACUAAAUAAACAUGAGGAGAGGAUCAUGAGUACAGAAGAGCAAGAAAUUAGAAAUGUGGGUGGCACCAACAUCCCUCAUAAUGGGGAUGGUUAG